CAAACUCUCCUCCAAACAAGAUCCUUCUGGAUACAAAGAUGCCAUGUUUGCUGUGGAAUUCGCCGUGAAUUAAGUCUGGAUAUUUGUCGUUGUGGAGUUAUGGACUUGCGCAAAGUUCGCGGCGCGCACUGAAAUGAGGAAUAUCAUUCGGGUCUGAUGGAUGGAAACUUCCUGAAGAGAUUGUAGGCCUGAAUGGAUUUCACGUGUGCGUUUGAAACAAACUCCUCACCAUCAUGAAGGUCAGCUCGCCUCAGGCCUCCGCGUAAAAAAGCACCUCAGGAACAUCAGUCGAUUUCUGAGAGUUGGCGAUGAUGGCGGGACGUCUGUGAAAUCUUCCCAUGUUUAUCUUCCCACGUUUGAGUUUGUGUUGUUGUGGAGAAGAGAGUGAACUGAAGCACGGGAGUGUCUGAGAUAGCUGUCAGCGGCCGAGAGCAUGAAGGAGAAGUCGAAAAACGCGGCGCGCACGCGGCGGGAGAAGGAAAACAGCGAGUUUUACGAGCUCGCCAAACUGCUGCCUCUGCCCUCCGCCAUCACCUCACAGCUGGACAAAGCCUCCAUCAUCAGACUCACCACCAGCUACCUGAAAAUGAGGAUAGUCUUCCCUGAAGGUCUUGGGGAAUCUUGGGGCCAUGUGAGUCGAGCGACUUCACUGGAAAAUGUCGGCCGAGAAUUAGGAUCACAUCUGCUUCAGACGUUAGACGGCUUCAUCUUUGUGGUGGCUCCUGAUGGGAAAAUCCUGUACAUUUCAGAAACGGCGUCAGUGCAUUUAGGCCUGUCACAGGUAGAGCUGACGGGGAACAGCAUUUACGAGUACAUCCACCCCGCAGACCACGACGAAAUGACCGCAGUGUUGACGGCUCACCAGCCCUAUCAUUCACACUUCGUCCACGAGUACGAAAUGGAGCGCUCUUUUUUCCUGAGGAUGAAAUGUGUCCUUGCUAAAAGAAACGCAGGAUUGACGUGUGGUGGUUACAAGGUCAUCCACUGCAGCGGGUACCUGAAGAUCCGUCAGUACAGUUUAGACAUGUCUCCGUUCGACGGCUGCUAUCAGAAUGUGGGUCUGGUGGCUGUGGGUCACUCUCUCCCGCCCAGCGCCGUCACCGAGAUCAAACUACACAGCAACAUGUUCAUGUUCAGAGCCAGUCUGGACAUGAAGCUCAUCUUUCUGGACUCCAGGGUUGCAGAGCUCACUGGCUACGAGCCGCAAGACUUAAUAGAGAAGACACUUUAUCAUCACGUCCACAGCUGUGACACUUUCCAUCUCCGCUGUGCGCACCACUUGUUGCUGGUAAAAGGACAAGUCACCACUAAAUACUACCGAUUCCUGGCGAAGCAGGGCGGAUGGGUGUGGGUACAGAGUUACGCCACCAUCGUCCACAACAGCCGAUCAUCCAGACCUCACUGCAUCGUCAGCGUUAAUUACGUCCUCACGGACACAGAGUACAAAGGCCUACAGUUGUCUUUGGACCAGGCGGCAUCCUCGAAACCCUCCUUCACCUACAACAGCCCCUCCAACCCCGUCAUCGAGAACAGAAGAGCUGGAAAAAGCAGAGUCUCCCGAACCAAGACCAAAACAAGACUCUCUCCUUACUCGCAGUAUCCAGGUUUCCCCACGGAUCGCUCCGAGUCAGAUCAGGACAGCCCGUGGGGUGGGAGUCCACUGACUGAUUCUGCAUCUCCUCAGCUUCUGGAGCAAUGUGAAGGCAUCGAGUCCUCAUGCGUGUACCGGCAGUUCUCUGACCCACGGUCGCUGUGUUACGGUUUGCCGCUGACAGAAGACCACCACACCUCUAGCGAGCUCUACGGCCACCCUCACUCGGAGUCCUGCGAGAGGGGCUGCUGUAAGGCCGGACGCUACUUUCUAGGCACCCCUCAGCCCGGACGAGAGGCGUGGUGGGGCGCAGCUCGCUCGGUCCUCCCCUUACCCAAAUCAUCUCCUGAGAAUGGGGAUAGUUUUGAAGGCGUGAUGCCCCACAUCGCUUCUAUCCAUAGUCUGCAAGUGAGGGGUCACUGGGAUGAGGACAGUGCUGUCAGCUCACCGGAUGGUGGCUCGGCGAGCGAUUCAGGUGACCGUUAUCGUGCCGAUCAAUGCCGUUCAAGUCCUCAAGAGCCCAGCAAGAUUGAGACCCUAAUCCGAGCCACACAGCAGAUGAUCAAAGAGGAGGAAAGUCGUCUCCAGCUGCGAAAGCCUCCUACAGAUGUAACACUGGAGCCUACAAACAGUCUGGCUAAGAGUUUUCAUAGUACCGAUUUUCCGCAGUCAGCAAUGCAGAGUGUUGUGUGUCGAGGUCCGGCUCAGGUGAUAAGUCCCGCUCCCAGUCCUGUUCCCCUGUCCCGUCUAAACAGCCCAAUCCCAGACAGACUAUCUAAAGGCAAAGACUUCCUACAGAAUGAGCUUUCCUCUUCCCAACUGCCCCUGACCGGCACUUGUGCUGUUUCUCCAACUCCUGCGCUUUACCCCUCACAUCCCCGCCAGUACCUGGAAAAACACGCAGCGUAUUCACUAACCAGCUACGCACUAGAACAUCUGUAUGAGGCGGACAGCUUUCGAGGAUACUCCCUGGGAUGUUCUGGUUCCUCCCAUUAUGAUAUGGCCACUCAUCUACGCAUGCAGGCUGAACAAGCACCAGGGCAUAAAGGCACAUCCGUCAUCAUCACCAAUGGCAGCUGAUGAUUAUCAAUUCAUGUACCGUCGCUCGCUUCAACUCUUCUCUUGAUUUCUUCAUCGUUGUUUGCUCUACAAAUUAUUCUUUUUUCCCUUCAAUUCGUCAUUAAAUAUGAGACAGUGUGCACACAUCUGAGAAAGACUUUGAGGAAGGUGCUCGAUCAAGCCGAACAAAACAUAAAAAGUAAACAGAAUCGGCACACGGCCACCUUAGCUUUCAAAAGACAAUUGAAUUCAAUUCAACCAAUCAAAAUUCCCCACUCAUAGCCCCGCCCUAAAGUUAUUCCAUGUGACCAGAAGUGAAGAAACAGGGAAAGCGGGAGGGAAGGCUAUGAUGAAAGAUUAUGAGGGAAAACAUUUUUUGUAUGAUAAUGAACUGCACAGAUCCAUCGUUUAUAACAAGCACUACUAUAUACAUAAAAAACAACCCAGGCUCAUUGCGGACACGUACCUAGGUCUGCAUUUCAGGGGACAGCGAAAUACGUAACCGGAGGUACGUCAGCUCACAAUCCACCAGAGAGCACUGUGUAAGCUUUUUGAUGAUCUCAAAUUUCUCUCGCAUGUCCUCUUCUCACGUAAAUCCACCAGAAGGCGCAAUAUACACUUCAGCCGACCAGGCCAGCUUGCUGUCAACUGACUGACCAACCCACCCUGUCCCUAAACCCAACCGAUAGUGUUUUCAAAAGCAAUCUAGAAAAAAAAAGCCGUCGCAGUUUAUUUCAGCCUGUUUUGAUUUAUUUUUAUAUAAAGCCACCGGGCAAAUUGGUAACCCUAAAAAAGCCAUCAAUACAGAGGUAAGCGGUAGGAUUAAAAGGAGCAGAAGCCAUCUGCGGCGUCCUGCAGCGUACCGCUCCGUUGCGUUCGUUAUAAAGAUGAAAUGCAGCCAGACGUAUCUCUGGCUUCAUAAUUUGCGCUCUCCAGAAAUGUAGACGGUAGAACAUAUCCACAAUGAGCCAGAGUUGAUAAAAAAUAAGAAGAGUAAAUUAUGAUUUCAUGAUGACUUUACCUUGGAUUGAUUUACUAAAACAAUGUCCUUAAAGCCCCAAAUAUUUUUUUAAUAACAUGUACACUUGUACAUGUAUAGUUAAACGCACAUCCUUUUUUAAAGUGUACUUGCAGUACCUCUUCUUGCCAACAGGGGUUUGCUUGCCACAAGUUAUCUUUUACACGUGGUACAAAAUAAACUACUUUCUAACCUUUUUAGACAAUUCCAAUUGAUUUAAUUGUCUUAUAAAAGCUAAAAAGGCAGUGUGCUGAUUCUGUUUGCUUUUUUUGUGUGUUUUAUUGAAUCAAGGCUUCCCUUUAUGAUCAAUUUCCAGUAAAAAUGUAAACAUCCUUAAAGCAAAGAUUUACUGACUUUAGAUAACCUUUAUUUUGUUGUAAUCUCCCGAGACCUUUGUUCAUCUUCAGAACCAAAUCAAGAUUUUUUUAGAUGAAAUCUGGAGAGCUUCAGAAAUUUUCUGAAGACUUUCAAAGCCUAGAAAAGCAACCAAAAACAUUUUGUCUGCUAAAAAAAACAAUAAAAACAACUUUGUUUGGCUAUGUCAUGGGUGCCCAAAGUUGGUCCUGGAGUGCCGGUUUCCUCCAGAGGUUAGCUCCGACUUGCCUGAACACACCUGCCAGGACAUUUCUAGCAAACCUACUAAGAGCCUGAUUAGGUGUGUCUGUGGGGUUGGAUCUAAACUAUGCAGGACACUGGCCCUCCAGGACAGAAUUUGGGCACGCCUAGCCUUUGUUUUCAAUGUAGCGCAACACACAAUCAUCAUAUUGCCCGUAGAAAAUGUGCACCCUAAUCUGAUGCAGAAGACAGACUAUUUUAUUCUUACAGCACAGAAAUCGUUCUCACAGCUUCAUAUGAACUCACUUGGAAAAUGUUGACCGCGUUUUUGGUCUCUGGACUGUUUCUGUCUAUGGAGGAUGAGAGAGCUCUUCAAUUUCAUCUAAAAUAUCGUAAUUUGUGUAUCGUAACAUCAGUGAAGGUCUCGAGAUAGGAAUGAUGUUAGUGUGAGUAAUUAAUUACAGAGUUUUCAUUUUUGGGUGAUCUAAUCUUUAAUGGGGCUUCGUGUACAACUUAUAAAUCCUCAUUAAUAGCGACACCGGUGGCCAUUAGAUGAACUGCAUGUGAUCAUAGUGAUCGCAAUUUGUUUGCACGAGGUCUGCAAUUCGCCAAUAUCUUGUCAACAGAUGGGGUUAUUAAAAUGACACUGUUAUAGUGUUGUAGUUUGAGUAUAGAGAUGACAGAUGACAGAACUUCUACAUUCAUCAAUACCUACUUUAAACAGUCCAAAAUAACUAACGACACUCCUUCACUGUAACAGCAGUGUUGUAGAGAGUAACGUGUGUAGUUGCAGGAACGUUUGAAGCAAUAAACCCAAAAUCAACCCAAAUUUGAACCCAUUUGACCCAAAUUUUAUUUUUUAUUUAUAUGUUUUGGUGAAAUUUCUCAAUACACAUCAUGUCAUUUUAAUACAAUUUUCUAAUAUAAACGUUUAAACAGUG